CUACAAGGCCUGGUCACGGACCGGGCCACGGGGGCGUUGACCCCCGAAACCCCCUCCAGGUAUACCAUAAGAACAGUCAGUGUAACUACACUUUAAGGGCCCAAUGGAGAUAAGUCACUGACAUUCUUUUGUGUACCUGUGUGUAAAUAAACUUCCAGUGACAGCUACGAUAGUUUAGUGCCGCUGGGUUAGACAGCUGCUGGAGCAGCAGCAGCUGAUGUACUGUGUGCUGCUCAGGCCACAAACAUUUUUUUUAUAAUGGAAAGUUUGAGUCUUAGAAGAGAAAUACUUCAGUUUGGUGCCUAUUACCCAUGGGUACGAGGUUCUGCCAUCUAAGUGUUCCAAAGGUGGUAAUAAAACAAGAUGUUUGGGAUCAGCAACUUUGAUUUCCCAAAGUAUCGGUCUGAGUGCAAUUCUGUGGCCUCCUUUUCUUCUGAUGGUGGUUCUAAAAAGAGGAGAGGAUCGUUUAUUGAUAGUAAUGAUGAUGAUGGGGAUAACAUUAAAAUUCCGAGAACAGCAGGAGAUUGGAAUAAAAGACAAAAUCACAGUGAAAUUGAAAAACGGAGACGUGACAAGAUGAACACGUAUAUCAUGGAACUGAGUAGCAUUAUUCCUGUGUGUACCUCGCGAAAGCUCGACAAGCUUACAGUUCUCCGAAUGGCAGUUCAACACAUGAAAAUGCUGCGUGGAUCCCUUAAUUCUUACACUGAGGGUCAUUAUAAACCAGCAUUCCUCUCUGAUGAUGAACUAAAAAAUUUGAUAUUACAGGCAGCGGAUGGUUUCCUUUUUGUCGUGGGUUGUGAUAGAGGCCGAAUAUUGUAUGUGUCAGAAUCUGUAUAUCAAACUCUUCAUUAUACUCAGGGAGAAUUGCUGGGAAUGAGUUGGUUUGAUAUCUUGCACCCAAAAGAUCUAACAAAAGUAAAGGAACAACUCUCAUGUUCAGACAUCAGUCGUCGGGAAAGGCUUGUUGAUGCUAAAACUCUUCUACCAGUGAAGGCCGAUGUUCCUCAGGGGCUUAAUAAACUGUGUCCAGGGUCACGACGAGCUUUUUUUUGCCGCAUGAGAUGUAAGUCUGCUCCAGUUUUAAAAGAAGAAGCUGACUCUUCCACUGGCUGUCAAAAGAAAAAAUCAAAAUCACAGAGUUCUGAUAAGAAGUACAGUGUAAUCCACUUCACUGGUUACCUUAAGUCUUGGGCUCCUACAAAAGACUCUCUGGAGGAAGAUUCAGGAAGCGACUCGGAGUCGUGUAACCUGUCAUGCUUGGUUGCAGUUGGACGAGUGCAUCAACCAUUGUUGGCCUCUAGUGUGCGGGAGACUUCAAGACUAGGCAGAGCUGCACCAGUUCAACGUAUUGAAUUUAUUUCCAAGCAUACCAAUGAUGGCAAGUUUGUUUUUAUUGAUCAGAGGGCCUCAUUGUUGUUGGGUUGGUUACCUCAAGAGCUUCUUGGAUCAAGCAUGUAUGAGUAUUUUCACCAGGAUGAUAUUACUUUCCUCACUGAAACUCACCGAGCCACACUCCAAAAUUCUGAAAGUUGCACUACCCAGGUCUACAGGUUUCGCACAAAAGAAGGUUACUUUGUACGACUACAGAGCAAUUGGUGGACAUUCAAAAAUCCUUGGACCAAAGAGAUUGAAUACAUCAUAUCAAAAAACAGCGUUGUUACAUCAGAAGCUGGGUUGGUUGAAAGCACCAUGGCAAAUGACUCAGUUUCACAGUCAUAUAGCAACUUCAGUGAAUUGCUGAACUCACCGGAUGCCAAUCAUAAUCAAGAUACAUCACCACUAGGUGGCACUGGAUCGUCCAAUAGCAACAGUCGCUUGAUUGGUGGUGGCAUUCAGGCGGGUAAAAUUGGUCAGCAGGUUGCUGAAGAGGUUUUAGAAAAACACCGGAGAAAUGAUUCGGCUUCCAAUAGCCCAGUGUCUCCCUUUGAAGGGAUUUUGGGAUCAGGGGCAUCUGACCGAUCUUUUGCGGCACUUCUUAGAUCUGAUAUGACAGCACACAGGACCAAUGUGAAGAACAAUGUGCUGUUAAGCAGCAAUACCAGCACAUGCUCCGGGAGUGACACCAGCCGGGGUACACAGCUCAGUAAUAACCAUCACCGCCUGUCUAACAUGCAUGGUAAUCUGACAAACAGCAGUGAGCGAGGAGGCUCAUUCAAUCAUAACAACAACCACAGACAGCCUGUAUCUAAUGAAGGUGACCUAAUGGAUGUGGUGAGCGGGCGGGACUUGGAAAUUGAUGGAACUAGUGACUCGGAUGAAGCAGCAAUGGCAGUCAUUAUGAGCCUUCUGGAAGCUGAUGCUGGACUAGGUGGUCCAGUGGAUUUUUCCCACCUUCCUUGGCCACUUCCCUAAGAUUAUCUAUUUUAUUAGUAAAGUACAAAUUAACAUACUCAAGUCUCUUCAAAAAUCCUGUCAAAUUAUGAAAAGUAAUUUGCAGGAAUUUUUGGUGUAACAACACUUAAGAAAUUAUUAUAAUGUAAAUUAUUUAUUUUAAGAAAUUAAUUGCUCUUUAUAUAUUUCGAGUGGUCAAUAUUUAGAGCAAUGUAGUAUGAGUUUAUCUAGUUGUUCUUGCCGUCCAUUCACCUUCACAUCGGUAAGUUUUGAAUCUUGGAAGCAACAUUUGAAACACUCAUGGAAAAUCUCUUGGUUUAGUAUUAAAAUAAAGAAUGACAUUUGCCGCUUUAUUGUAGAAUGCGAGAAAUGUGACUUUCAAAGGAAAUUUAGAAUAAUUAAUUAUGUUUUACACAAAAGAAUGAAAUGUAAUACUUGAGAGGUAGGAAACAAUUUUUAAAGUACUGAAUGGAUUGUAAGAAAGUGUGCCAAAACAGCAAGUGAGCUGCUCCGUAAAUGUGAAUACAAAAAAUAAUACUGGUUUAUGCAUACAGAUACAUACACCUCUUGGAUGUAUGUACAUAGAGAUACACACCUCUCAGUGUAUAUACAGAGAUAUGCACCUCUCGUGUAUAUACACAGAUAUGCACCUCAGUGUAUAUACACAGAUAUGCACCUUUCAGUGUAUAUACACAGAUAUGCAACUUUCAGUGUAUAUACAUACAACUAUACACUUCUCAGUGUUUUCUCAAGUCUGUGCUUCCAUGAGUAACAUGGAAGGUUCAUGGAAUAUUUCUUUAUUUGUCCCAGUCACAUGUUAAAUACUCUGUAAGGAGUGGAACAAAAAAUAUUUCUUAAUGUUAGUAUUACAUAUCAGUGUUUUAAUGGAAGAUGCCAUAUACAUAUUAUAUAUUAUAAUUAGAGUUUUUUUUUUUUUGUAGAUUUCAUGCUUGAUUCAUAAAUAUGCCUCCUAUAAAUUGCAAUAUAUAAGUUGACUUUUGAAGUUUAAUUAAGCUAGAGGAUGACUCAUACAAUGAGUAUUAGAAUGUUGCCACAAUAGCCUCAUUACAAUACAGUGAGUUAGUCAUGUGAUACAUCCAUUCAGGAACCUGAAUGUAAAUAUACUAUAUAUUGAUAAAGAUUAAGGUUUUUCCAUUAAUAGUUUACUGUAUAUUUGUUGUGUCAUAUAUAUAUAUAUAUAUAUAUAUAUAUUUUUUAAUGUACCUGCCAUAUCCCACCGAGGCAGGGUGACCUAAAAAGAAAAACUAAAGUUUUUCUCUUUAAAUUUAGCAAUUUAUAUAGAAAGGGUUACUAGCUCCUUGCUCCCAUGUGUCAUAUAUAUCUUCUUUCAACAAACUGGCCGUAUCCCACCAAGGCACAGUGGCCCAAAAAGAAAACAAAAGUUUCUAUUUUUAACUUUAGUAAUAUAUACAAGAGAAGGGGUUACUAGCCUCUUGUCCCAGCAUUUUAGUCGCCUCUUACGUGAAGCCUUGCAUGUUUAUGAGACAGAAAAAAAGACACCAGGAAACCUACCAUCAUGUAAAGCAAUUACACGCUUUCGUUUUACACUUACAUGCAUACAUACAAACAUACAUACAAACACACCUACAUACAAACACACCUGCCCACACACACCUACACACACAUCUACACACACACACACACACCUACACACACACACACACACACACCUACACACAAACACCAACACA